ACCAUUGCGGAGCAGAGCUGUCCCAACGGUUCUGCAUUUAUUAUCACCUUAUCGCCUAACUGCCUGCUGGAUCUGAGCUUCUUCUCUCCUCACUCUCUCUCCCGCGCGCGAGCUAGAUAUUUGUAGUCUUUCUUCUCUCGUCAAGUAUCGUCGCUUGACUGCUCCACUUAAGCGCAACCUGCCCAUCUAUCUCGCGUCUCCAAAUUUAACGGGCUGGCGGGGGGAACAAGCUGAGAGCGAGAGCGCAAGGGAGAGCACGCGACGGGGACUAAUUCUCUAAGGUUAACUUGAAGCGCACAAGGAAGCAUGGUGACGCACGCGCAGCUGGACGGGCAUAUCGCACAGCUGCAGGAGUGCAAGCCGCUGUCGGAAGCCGAGGUGAAGGCGCUCUGUGAGAAGGCGCGGGAGAUCCUAGUGGAGGAGAGCAAUGUGCAGCCCGUGCGCUGCCCCGUGACCAUCUGCGGGGACAUCCACGGGCAGUUCCACGACCUCGCGGAGCUCUUCCGCAUAGGCGGAAAGUCUCCCGACACCAACUACCUGUUCAUGGGGGACUACGUGGACCGAGGCUACUACUCCGUUGAAACCGUGUCGCUGCUGGUGUCGCUCAAGGUGCGCCACCCCGACCGCAUCACCAUCCUGCGCGGCAACCACGAGAGCAGACAGAUCACUCAAGUUUAUGGUUUCUACGACGAAUGCCUACGCAAGUAUGGCAGCGCCAAUGUGUGGAAGAUGUUCACAGACCUCUUCGAUUACUUCCCGCUCACAGCUCUGGUGGAGUCGCAGAUCUUUUGCCUGCACGGCGGGCUGUCGCCGUCCAUAGACUCGCUGGACCACGUGCGCCAGCUGGACCGCAUCCAGGAGGUGCCGCACGAGGGGCCCAUGUGCGACCUGCUCUGGUCCGAUCCCGACGACCGCUGCGGCUGGGGCAUCUCCCCCCGUGGUGCUGGCUACACUUUUGGCCAGGAUAUCAGUGAACAGUUUAAUCAAAACAAUGGGCUCAACCUUGUGGCACGUGCUCACCAGCUGGUGAUGGAAGGAUACAACUGGGCACAUGAGCAAAAGGUGGUGACAAUCUUCAGUGCACCUAACUACUGCUACCGCUGCGGCAACACAGCUGCUAUCUUGGAAGUUGAUGAAAGCAUGAGUCAAACUUUUAUUCAGUUUGAACCCGCUCCAAGACGAGGCGAGCCCGAUGUCACUCGCAGGGCACCUGACUACUUCCUCUGACAGCUGUCCACCUAUGUUCCUGCCGUAAUUGCUUAGCAAAUUGUUGUGAAGGUUUAAGAGAUGGUGUACCGCUGCUUCAAACUGUAUGGUGUCACACGUCACAUGUUAGGGUUCUCUAAAGUGCAGAACGUGUCUUCCCUUCUGGCUAGUGGUACCGAUAGGGUUUGUGCACGUUGUGGAUGGUUCAUUGGACUGCCUCACCCCACGCUGGUCUGGUGGUAGUAGGUUAGGGUUCACCAUAGUUUUCCUUAGAACGCCACAAGGUAGUUCUGUAAUCACCCGGAUAUAGGCACGGCCAUUUAUUAAGCCCAGUGGACUUAUAGAGUGGAAACGCGCUUAUAUC